UCUUUCAUAUUCAUUCACCCUAUAAAUAUGCAAAUAAAUAAAUUAACAUAAAUAAUUGAGAAAAAGAUCCCAUUUUUAUACUCGGUUUUGUAAAAUCUUCACUCUCUGGAUUUCUUCGCAGCUCGUAUUUAUUCGCCGGAAAAUCCCUUCGCAAUUGCAGAUGCGUAUUUUUGCCCGGUGAUUUCUUCGAUUGAGAUCGAUUCAGAUCUAAGUAGGUGGGAUGGUGGUCAGAAUCAGAUGAGAACAACUGGUGUUAUUGGCAGUGGAAGGAGGUUUUUUUUUCUAUUCUUCAGCUUCUGGAGAUAGUAAGCGAUUGACUCUUCGUUUAUCGGGUCGGAAAAAAACGAGAAGGAACCCAUGAGAGUAGCGCCGUGGAGCCAGUACCAGUUGGUAGACCAAGAGACUGAUCUCCAGCUGGCUCCUGUGAAGAACCGGCUAGUCCGCGGGUGCGCCUCCUUUGUGUGCAUUGGUCGCCAUGCCGCUGGACGUGAAAAAUCGUUUCCUCUUAAAGUUGGACCGACUCAAAACCAAGAAGUUUUGCCGGAGACUGUAGUUAUUGAUGAGAGUAAAGUUCAAGUGAAUUCUGUUGAUGAUCCAGUUAAUUACAAUGAAAAUAUUAGGGCGAUAGUUAGUCUUAAGAGUAGCCUGAAGAAGUCAGCAAAUAUUGGUCCGGUUGCUCGUGCUGCUGAUAGUGGAAACUCCAACAAGCAUGAAGCGGACACAGGUCAGUUGGAGAGGAGGAAAGUGCAAUGGACGGACACAACUGGGGGAGAGCUUUUUGAGAUACGAGAAUUUGAGAUGAGGUGUAGUUCUAGAAAGCAAGGUUGUACGCUUAGGUUGAUCUGGUAUCUGCUUUCGUGCAAGUGAAGAUGGAUCGGGCGAUGAAUUUGAUUAUUUGACUACAAAGAGUUGCUCAUGCAGAAUAAUGUAGUCUGUCAUGUUUCUGACUAUUAUACUAUGACAAGCCUUUCAUGUGUUACCUGAAGUCCGAGCAACCAAAGCACUGGUUUGAUCUCUGCUAGCCCUGUCAUCGGAUGACGGGAAAAUGGAAACUUUUAGGUAAUGCAAGAUGCCAUGGCGAUUCACUAGUCUGCUCUGAUCAUAUUCUUGCUUUGCAUUCAGUUGUGGUGCUUUAGGAUAUGGUGUUUUUGAAGGUUAAAGUACCGUCUUUUGGCAUUCCUAGAUUGUUAUUUUGAUUUAGAGAAGCGCUCUUGUCAUCUUCAGGUGAGCCGAAAGCAUGAAUGAGGGAUAUAGUCGUUUAGUUCUCCUCUGUUAAGGACAUCGGUGAUGAGUUAUUAUUUGUAUUUUGUAGUUGUCAAUAUGAAGUAGUAGAAUUUUAUUUGAAAAGCUGUGUAUAUUUAUCUUUGAUUGAUGCUAUGGCUAACAGUGACAUUCAUUUUCCUUUUUCUUUUGGGAAAACCUUUCCUUCAUUUUAAAA